CUCCUGGGCAGCAGAGCUUGUGUCCACAUGGCAGCAGCUGCCUGGGGCAGUGGGUUUCUCAAUGCUCUGCUGCAAACGGCCAAUACAUUUUCCCUGCCCCUCUGCCAGGGCAAUGCCCUGGACCAGUUCUUCUGUGAAAUCCCCCAGAUCCUCAAGCUCUCCUGCUCACACUCAGACUCCCUCCGGGAAGUUGGACUUGUUGUCGUUAGUGUCUGUUUAGGCUUUGGUUGUUUUGUGUUCAUCGUGCUGUCCUAUGUGCAGAUCUUCAGGGCCGUGCUGAGGAUCCCCUCUGAGCAGGGACGGCACAAAGCCUUUUCCACGUUCCUCCCUCACCUGGCCGUGGUCUCCCUGUUUGUCAGCACUGCCGUGUUUGCCUACCUGAAGCCCCCCUCCAUCUCCUCCCCAGUUCUCAACCUGGUGGUGGCUGUGCUGUACUCAGUGGUGCCUCCACUCAAAUACAAGCUUUGUCUCCAGGCCCCUUCUGGAUGUGAACCAUCAUGCAGACAACAGAAACAGUCUAUGCUGCGGCAUAUGGAAGACAUGGAGGUGAUUCGACAGAGCCAGUAUGGCUUCACCAGGCGCAAGUCCUGCCUGACCAACCUAGUGGCUUUCUACAACGGCGUGACUGCAUGA